CGACCGGCGAGGGCUUGCAGGAAAGAUGGAGAGUCCGAUGUUGGGUACAGUGGAGACUGCGGAUAGCGGAGGGGCCGGGCCAUGCACGAACUCGGAGGAGCGGGAGGGCCGGGAACCAGAGGGGGUGCGAUUCGACCACGAGAGGGCGCGCCGCCUGUGGGAAGCAGUGUCCGGCACCCAGCCGGUGGGGAGGGAGGAAGUGGAACACAUGAUCCAGAAGAACCAAUGCCUCUUCACUAAUACCCAGUGUAAAGUUUGCUGCGCCUUGCUGAUUUCUGAAUCCCAGAAGCUGGCACAUUACCAGAGCAAAAAACAUGCCAACAAAGUGAAGAGAUACCUAGCAAUCCAUGGAUUGGAGACAUUAAAGGGGGAAAUGAAGAGACUAGACUCAGAUCAGAAGAGCAGCAGAAGCAAAGACAAGAACCAGUGCUGCCCCAUCUGUAACAUGACCUUUUCCUCCCCUGUUGUGGCCCAGUCGCACUACCUGGGGAAGACCCACGCAAAGAACUUAAAGCUGAAGCAGCAAUCCACUAAGGUGGAAGCUCUGUCGAAACGCCUUACAAAUCCUUUCCUUGUGGCCUCCACCUUAGCCUUGCACCAGAAUAGAGAGAUGAUAGACCCAGACAAGUUCUGCAGCCUUUGUCAUGCGACUUUCAACGACCCCACCAUGGCUCAACAACAUUAUGUGGGCAAGAAACACAGGAAACAGGAGACCAAGCUCAAACUCAUGGCGCACUAUGGGCGGCUAGCGGACCCUGCUGUCACUGACUUAUCAGCUGGGAAGGGCUACCCCUGCAAGACGUGUAAGAUAGUGCUGAACUCCAUAGAACAGUACCAAGCUCACGUCAGCGGCUUCAAACACAAGAACCAGUCACCAAAAACAAUGGUAUCACCCUUGGGCCAGAUUCCAGUACAAAGGCAAUCCACUCAGAAAGACUCAAGCACCUUAGAAGACUAGAGGUUUCUGUCUAGCACUCCACACUGGACCAGUCCUGAGCCAGCUUCCUAUGACUGUGGUCAGCUCCUGGCUCCCUCUUCCUCCUUUCUUACAGUAGGAGAAUAAGUAGCCCAGAGGAAGAAUUGGGCCACAGACAGCCUCUGAUAGGUCCAGGCAAACC